AAAACUGACACACUCGACCGAUCGAUCAGCCCAGUUUGUGUCAAAAUACAGCAGGCUUUAAAAAAGCAUCAAUAAAUCCAGAGCAGAGGAGAAAAACGAAAAUAACACCCCAUCGGGGAGAAAGUGAUUUUUUCCUAUUCCUCACCAUAAGUCUGCGCUAGAAGUGAUAGCGAUAACAUUGUUUACACUGUGGAGUUCUUCUCAUCCAAGAGAAUGCGCUAAGAAAACAUUUGAACGAAAAUACAAGUGAAAAAAUUAAUUCAAAAUUGAAUUUGAAGUUGGUCCGAGCAUCUGAAAGUAGAAAACAAUGACCACACUUUUUGCACGCGUGUUCCGUCAGGCAAAACUUACUUUCGAACAGGCCAAUACGGAACGUUUCAUCACAAAUCUCCAGAACUUGCGGGCUCUGGUGGAGCAGCUCACUCUGGCCGAUCUCAACCUGGACGCUGGCGUCGUAUCCCGCGAGACCUUUCAACAAACUACCAAAGCUCCAUGUACCUUCGUGGACAUUUUCGAGAAUGCAUACUUCACUAUGUCGGUCUUCAUCUUGAAAGAAAAUUACACGAUGCCUUUGCACGAUCAUCCCCGGAUGCACGGAUUGUUGCGGGUAGUGUCAGGAACAAUUAAAAUCCAGAGCUAUUCGGAAAUCGAUCGCCGCGAGGAAAUCCGCGACGGGGAAGAACUCCGUCAUGUUCUGGUCAAUGUCGAACAGGAAAAAAUGCUGUGUGCCGACAAUAAGGAUGGAUGCGCAAUGCUUACGCCUAGCGAGCGUAACUUCCACGAAAUAACUGCGGUUGGUGGUCCUGCGGCUUUUUUCGACAUCCUCAGUCCACCGUACAACGCCGAUAUGCCCGAGAAUGGAAAAAGAUCCUGUUCGUUCUACCGAAAGCUGCUGCUGCCAGGCGAUGGAAUCAGUAACGAUGGCAGGAAGCGGAUGGUACUCGAGAAAGUUCCCACUCCGGACCAUUACUACUGUGAUACUGAAAAGUACGUAAGACCCGAGUUCAUGUCUACCGCCGGGGAACAAUGAAUGAGACGAAUAGAACGAUGUUGGUUCCGAAUUGCAGCCUCCCCAAUCACAAACUUUAAACCGUUAAUCCUGUAGGGAGAUGUCGUGUAGCGACAAUUUGCUAACACGUAGUAUUUUCGUUUUAACCUUUGAUUUGAAAUACUUCUUCGUUCAAAAGAGGUGGAGCACAUUUGCUAAAUUUUAAACCACAGUUUGGACUCUAAAUAUUUGUAGACUUUAGGGAACAUAAGUUAUGUUGUUGGCAACAUACUACCGAUUACAAAUCUUACAAUAAUGAUAGAACAUCGCAAAUGGAUGCUCCCUGUCUUUAUGGUUUUAUCCCAAUCUUUUAUAAAUUACCAUUAAAUAUUCAUUACACUGUGGACUAUCGAAAUUGUUUGUUAUCUGUACAGUGAGAUUCAGUUAUAAUAAAGCCUAGGCACUACUUAUGCGUUAAGUAUUGAAGCGUUA